AUGGGAAUUAACUUCAAGAAGGCCCCACCACUUCCUGCACCUACCGAGACCGAAUCGACGAUACCUACCGAGCUGGGAACUGAUGUGUCCUACCCUAUCGACCAGAAUUCUACCUACUCCCUUCCCGAGGACGGCACUCCAGUCACCAUCAAGACCCACGGCAGGUCCCUCAACCAGAAAACCCUCUUAAUCGAAUACACCGAAAAUCCUAGGCCUGGUGCCUCGGGUUCCGACUCUGAACGACGACCCAGCGUCCGCAGUCGCCGAGACCGACGCGCUCUUCGCCCCAACAUACAACCGACGCCGACCCAUCUCCCCUUAACCGGUCCUUCGCCGCUCGUCGAGCCCCGAGACCUUGGCGACGAUCGUAGCAUCGGCUCUUACGCCUCGGCCACCGAGGAAUCAAACGUAUCCAGACACCAACCGUCUGGGGACACCGGCCCAAUCAUUGGUCGCAACCCUCGCCGGCGUAGACCCGCGAGUCCCCUCAUACCAUCUGCUCACGAAAGCGAGACCAUGGCGUCCUAUAUGCCGAGCACACAAUCUGAGAUCUCUGCGAUCCCCACAGAUAGCUUCCUCGACGGCUCCGGGCCCGUGAGGUCGCCCGAGGCAAGGUGGAUGGCUCACCCACCGUCCUCAGAGAAGCUAAAGAGCUCCAAAACCCGGACCGUGAGCCGCGAAAGGGUGAAGAUUUCCGAAAAUCUUCGCCGCGAGAUCGCUCGGACAGGAAACAUAAGUCCAGCAAGAGCCGAACUAGCAGCAUAA